AUGUGGAACCCCGCACAAUCAUCCGCACUGUACGCGCCGCAUUUCGUGGCUCCAGAUAGGCAUGGUAAACUUGUUCAAAUUUUGAAAAUAACUCACCACCCAGGGUACGACUUUAAUCUGAAGUACGACGACAUAGCGGUGAUGGAACUGGCGGAGGAGGUCGUGUUUUCCCAGUACCUGUACCCCGCCUGUCUCUGGUCCAGGGGGGACAUUGACCUGGUCGACAAGGGGGCGACCGUCGCAGGAUGGGGAAUCGCUAACCACGAUGCAACACACAUGGAAGAUCAUCUACAAUACGGCGAAGUUACUAUUAUACAUCCAAGUAUUUGCAAUAUAACAUUGCAGUCUAUAAUAAAUCGCCACUGGAAGCACGGCGUUGACAAUAAACAAAUGUGUGCUAUGAAUUUGAAGGAAGGUACUGAUACGUGCCAGGGUGAUUCUGGCGGGCCCCUGUUAUAUUACACCCUCCCCGAGGGAUACAGCGUGAAGGAGUUCCCUUCAGUUGUCGGGGUGACGUCGUUUGGUGAAAGAUGUGGGUAUUCCCCGGGCGUGUACAUGAGAGUGAGCGGCUACAUCGACUGGAUAGAGAAGAUGGUCUGGCCCAACGAAACCCUGGACUGGAGGACACCCAAUGAAGUUUAGGUGU